AUGUCGCGGGUGGGGGCUGUCACAGUCUUCCUGCCCAAGCAGGGACACCUCUGCACCCUGCAGAACCGGUACCCAAGACGGGUGUACAGAACGACAACACAUGUUCCUCGGGAAUUAGGACAGAUCAUGGAUUCAGAGACAUUUGAAAAAUCUCGUCUGUAUCAGCUGGACAAAAGUACUUUCAGCUUUUGGUCAGGCCUGUAUUCAGAGGUUGAGGGCACUAUGAUUCUUCUCUGUGGAGGAAUUCCUUUUCUCUGGAACCUGUCUGGUCAGAUCUCUGGUCGUGCUGGUUUUGGACCAGAAUAUGAGAUUGUUCAGUCAUUGGUAUUUCUGCUGCUUGCAACACUCUUCAGUGCAGUGACCGGCCUCCCAUGGAGUUUAUAUAACACAUUUGUCAUAGAGGAGAAACAUGGCUUCAAUCAACAGACACUGGGAUUUUUUUUUAAGGAUGCUAUCAAGAAGUUUGUCGUGACUCAGUGUAUUCUGUUGCCAGUGACAUCCCUUCUGCUUUACAUUAUUAAAAUAGGGGGAGACUACUUCUUCAUCUACGCCUGGCUCUUCACAUUAGUUGUUUCCUUGGUGCUUGUUACAAUCUAUGCAGACUAUAUUGCACCUUUGUUUGAUAAAUUCAUUCCGCUUCCUGAGGGAGAGCUCAAGCAACAAAUUGAAACAAUGGCAAAGAGCAUUGACUUCCCACUGACUAAGGUGUAUGUUGUUGAAGGUUCUAAGCGUUCUUCUCAUAGCAAUGCUUAUUUCUACGGAUUCUUCAAGAAUAAGCGGAUAGUACUCUUUGACACGCUUCUGGAAGAUUAUUCUGCACUGAACAAAGAGCCAGCAGAGGGAGAAGAUGGUGAGAAUGAAGAGACAAAGUCUAAAACCAAAAAUAAGAAACAAGGAUGUAAAAAUGAAGAAGUUCUGGCUGUACUUGGUCAUGAACUGGGUCACUGGAAACUAGGUCACACUGUCAAAAAUAUUAUCAUCAGCCAGAUGAAUUCCUUCCUUUGCUUCUUCUUGUUUGCUGUGUUAAUCGGUCGAAAAGAACUCUUUGCUGCGUUUGGUUUCUAUGACACCCAGCCUACCCUGAUAGGCUUGAUGAUUAUUUUCCAGUUCAUUUUUUCACCUUACAAUGAGGUUCUCUCGUUCUGUUUGACUGUAUUAAGCCGACGAUUUGAAUUUCAAGCAGAUGCAUUUGCCAAGGAACUUGGGAAAGCUAAAGACCUAUAUUCUGCUUUGAUCAAGCUAAACAAAGAUAAUUUAGGAUUCCCUGUUUCUGACUGGAUCUUUUCAAUGUGGCACUACUCCCAUCCACCCCUUUUAGAAAGACUUCAGGCCUUGAAAGACGCAAAGCAAGAAUGACAGGAAUCAUUGUUGGUUCAGAGACAGUGCUUCCAUCUCAGAAGCAAAGUUCAGAGCUGCUUUUAAUUUCUUUUUAAAAAUGGAUAAUGCCAAUUAAGUGCAAUGUUAACAGCACCACAGAUCUGAGAAUCCUGAAACAGGUAUUAAAAUAUAAAUUACUUUUUUUUUAACAAAAACAAAACUGUGGAACCUUAUAUAGGAAAAGUACUGGGUGAAGAGCUCCCUCCCCCGCCCCGGCUUUUGUCUCCAU